ACAUAUUACACGUAUAUUUUUCUUAUUGAAUAUACAAACCUUGGGUAACUAUACUACUUAUUAGUGGUGGUUAGUAGUUUUUAACGAGAAAAAUAAGUAGAUUAUUUGAUCAUACAAAUUUACACGAACCUAUGGCUUAUGAUCAAGAUAAUACUAAAGCAUGUUUAAAAUGUGGAUCUAAAUGUCCUGGUUUCAUGAAACAUCCAUGGAGAAUGUUAUGUACACAAUGUCAUUGUGCAUAUUAUGAACAUGAUAUUGAUGAUUUUACUAAUCAAUCAAUAUUAGAUCAAUUAGAUUUAAAUCAAUCAUCAUUCUAUGAUAAAUAUAUGGAUGCACAAAAUUUGGCUAAACAAUUUGGAUUACAUUGGUUACCUAUUGGUGUUAAACCAGUAGAGGUAAACUCAUUUUUGAAUAGUCUACCAAAGGAUGAAUUACCAUGUGGUGAAGUUGCGGAUCAUGUCAGACGUCAACGUCUUAGAAAACAAAUACCAUUACAAGAUCGUAAACCAGCUGUAACAAUUGAAGAAUUAUGGCAUCAUUCAAACGAUUCAAAUCCUAAUUUAGAAAAUGAAUUAAUUGAAGCGAAUCGUUUUAAAAAUUUUCGUAAUUUUCAUGAUUUUGGUAUUGGAUUAGUAGAACAUAUGAAUGACAAAGAUGGACAGCCAUGUACAAAUUGUUCGAAUAUAAUCAAUUUUGAUGAUUUCUGUAUACGAAUUAAACCAGAACAUUCUUUAAUAGAAGACAUGUCUAACAUGCCUUCGAAUCGUACACCAGCUUGGCAUUUGAAUUGUUUUCGAUGUACAAUAUGUCAUGAAUAUUUAGUUGAUUAUAUAUAUGCUUGGUUAAAUAACCAACCUUAUUGUUUACGACAUUAUGCUCAAUCAGUACGUCCACGUUGUGUGACAUGUGAUCAUCUUAUUUUCUCAGAAGAAUAUACUAGAGCUAUGGAUCAAGAACAUCAUUCUGGUCAUUUUGCUUGUCAUAGUUGUGAUGCAUCAUUAACAGGACAACGUUAUAUAUUACGUGAUGAUGAACCACAUUGUUUAGCUUGUUAUGAAGCUAAAUUCGCUAAUACAUGUGAACAAUGUAAAGAAAAAAUUGGUUGUGAUUCAAAGGGUAUGUUAAAACCGGAAGUUGGCAUUACAUCACUUGUUCGGGAUGCAUCAGAAUCUGUACGAAAUGCAGUUUAUACAUCAUCUCAACAAUCAAAUGUUAGAUUUCAUCCAAGUUGUCCAAUGCCAUAUAUUCUUGGUCCUGGUUAUAGCGUCGGACAAGCAUGGCAAUGUGAUACAAUCAAGGCAGGUGAAAAUCCAUCAAAAGAUCUAUUCAUCCUUCACCUAACGCCUAUGAUGCCAAUGUUACAUGGUAUCGCUUUGUAUCGUCGUAAUCGUGCUCCCUGUGAUUUUCAUGUGUUUCCUUUUUUUUUUAAAUGAAUAUCAGUUUAUUAUUGUGUUGGACUAUAUUCCUUCUAUGCACUCAUUGAUUUCCUCUUUUCUCCUUAUCAUCUAGAUAAUCAAAUGUAUAGCGAUCAUUUUUUUUGUUUUGUUUUUGUCACUAACUAUUUGUGAGUGGGAGCAAUAGAGUUUCUUAUGCAUAAACAUGAUGUUAGUUCAUUCGUUUUCUUUACUACACAAACAUACUUAUACUUUUACUCAUUUCUUUUUUUCUCUCUAAAUUUGUGUGUUCAAUUGAAUGCAUGCUAAAUUCUUAAAAAAGAACUAGUUUAAUAUUAAACAAUCAGCUUUCACACCACUGUUAUUUCCAUUAGACGUGUUGUAUUUUGCUGCAUUCCAAAAGAGAUUGGAUUCAAUCUCUUUUCAUUAGUGUAUUUGUUCCAAUUGUGUUGUCAAUCUUUAAUAGAAUUGACUAUAUUACAUAAUUUAACAUUAUUUUUUUUUGUAUUUUCUCCCAGGAUCUUUCAUUUAAAGAAAGACAUUGGCAUGAGAAAUGUUUCAAAUGUUCUGCUUGUACUACUUCAUUAGCUGAUCGACCAUUUGCUACAAAAGAAGAACAAUUAUAUUGUUCUGAUUGUUAUGAUGAACGUUUUGCUGCACGAUGUGAUGGUUGUCAAGGUGUAUUCAAAGCUGGAAUGCGUAAAUAUGAAUAUCGUGGACAACAAUGGCAUGAAGAAUGCUUUUUAUGCGUUGAAUGUAAACAACCAAUUGGUGCGAAAAGUUUUAUUCCACGAGAAAAUCAAGUUGUAUGUGUACCAUGUUAUGAAGCGAAAUAUGCUCAACGUUGUACUAAAUGUUCAGAAGUUAUACGUCGUGGUGGAGUUACAUACAAAGGGAAUCCAUGGCAUAAAGAAUGUUUCACUUGUACUAGUUGUUCUAAACAAUUAGCAGGAUUAAAAUUCACUUCUAAAGAUGAACAACCAUAUUGUGCAGAUUGUUAUGGUGAAUUAUUUGCUAAAAAAUGUACAAAAUGUACCAAACCAAUUACUGGAUUUGGUGGUUGUAAAUUUAUUUCAUUUGAAGAUCGUCAUUGGCAUUCAGAAUGUUUUCUAUGUGGAAAAUGUAAUUGUAAUUUAGUCGGUAGAGGUUUUCUUACCAGUGAUGAUAUGAUUAUGUGUUCUGAAUGUGGUCGUUAACUUCAACACACACUUCAAAGAAGAAGAAGAAUGAUAAUAAAAGAUAAAAGAAACAAACAAGCAGCAGUUAUACAUACAUCUAGUCAAAAGUGCGUGAUUCAUUCGUUCGUUCGUUUGUUCUUUCUUUCUUUAUUCCGCUUUAUGAUAUCAAUUUGUUUUGUUUUGUGUUUUGUUCCAUUUGUUUGUUGAUUAAAAUAGUCAAAUCUUCUUAGCUAAUUCAUUCUAAUAUGUUCACAAUGCAUUUAUUAUAUACAUAUAAACAUAAGAUUUUCUUUUUGAACCAUGACUUCAAAUGAUCCAUUAACAUAGAAUGAUAAACAGAACUAUUCAUUGUUGAUCAUAAAGAAAUGAAUUCAUUAUGGAAUAUAUUCUAUUCUAGUCUUUAUUCAUCCUUAAUCCUUCAAAUAUAUUGAUUUAUUUUUUUGUACUGUUUUUUUGUUUGUUGAUGAUGAUGUUCACAAAUUGUCUUCCUUGUUCACAUCUAUUCAUUCAAUUGAAUGCAUAUAUAUAUAUACAUCAUUAUUAACGUAUAAACUAAUGAUCUUUUACAUUUAAUAGUAAUUUAACUUUUGUAGUUUACAGUUCUAUAGUUUUCUUUUAUAUAUUUUAUGAUUUGUCUCUCUGUGUGUGUGUGUGUACGUGCAUGGCAUCAGUGUUUAGAUUUUCACUUUAGAACUGCUUCAUCACUUAUUUACUCGUAGGUAUAUUCCUACUGUUGUUAUACAUCAAGAGAUUUGGGAGCUGGGUGGGAGGGAUGGGUUGAGCUUUCUUGAAAAUGUAUGGAAUGUUGAGUUACCAAGUUGUCCUCUCUCUCUCUCUCUCUUUCGCUACUUCCUCUUUUCCACAUGACGUAUAUCUUUUAAAAAGAAAGUCAAUCCCUGUAAUUGAAACUUACUUCUGUUCAUGUGUAUGAGAUUUGACAACAACUAUUCACGUCAUUAGACAUUAUCAAACGAUUCAUUGUCUAUUAUUCUAGAGUUAGACAUUCAUUACCUUUAUUUAUUGUAAACAUAACAACUAUUCUAGGUAUUUUAUGAAUAUUAUUCAUUUCAACCAGUUUAACAUGUGUGCUCUCAUUUCCGAUUUCACACAUAGAUCAUCUUUCUCAUUUUGAAACUCAUUUCCAUGGUGUGUUUUUCUUUCUUUCUUUUUUCAUUUGCAUGUAAAAUUUGUUUUUAUUAGAUAAUGCAGCGAUUACGUCUUAAGUACUUACAUUAUUGAGUAUUGGAAUUCAUGCAUAGAACAUAUGAAUUGUGUGUGUGUGUGUGUUCCAAUAUAUUCAUCAUUAAUUUAUCUUUUGAACUACCUUAACUAUUUGUCUUGUUUACUUUUUGUUGUUUUGGUUUAAUACUGUUAGUCUGUAUUUAGUUGCGUUGUGCAAGCGUGAAGCAGAAGAGAUGGAUUAAGAGAAUAAACAUGUUUGACGAGUG